GCCGGCCGGCGCCACACUCUCGACGAUGACGGCGACGCGCGCAGUGCCACCGCUGCUGCUGCUGCUGGCCGCCUCGGCCGCCGGCCAGGUGAUGUUCGCUGGCAGCUGCCCCCGGCCGCCCGUGGUGCGCCACUUCCAGGCGGAGCGCUACCUCGGCAAGUGGUACGAGUACAGCAACUACUUCGCCAUCUUCCAGGUAGGCGGCACGUGCGUGACGGCCACGUACUCGGACGCUGGCUACGGCCGCAUCGGCGUGCUGAACCAGUCGCGGAAGAACGGACGGAAGAACGACAUCCGCGGGCAGGCGGUACCGGCCGGCAGGCAGGGGGAAGCGAAGCUGCGCGUCAGCUUCCAGGGCACGCCGAGCUUCGGCAGCGGACCCAACUACAACGUCAUCGACACCGACUACCACAACUACGCCAUCGUCUGGUCCUGUACCGACAUGAAGCUGUUCAAUGCGCAGAUCCUGUGGAUCCUGACGCGCGAGCGCUUCCCCGACCCGUAUCUUAUCAAGGACGUCAGGCGCAAGAUCCGCCGCUACGGCCUGGACCCGAGCAAGCUGCAGCGUACGGACCAGAAGAACUGCCCGUACGGUCACUGAGCAUGCGCCGGCCGCCGCGGCUGUCGAGCCGGGGACCGCCGCAGCCCGCGGGCCGGGGACCGCGGCGGCCCGGGAGACCGGGGACCGCCGCGGCUCGGGAGACCGGGGACCGCGGCGGCUCGGGAGACCGGAGACCGCGGCGGCUCGGGAGACCGGGGACCACGGCGGCUCGGGAGACCGGGGACCGCGGCGGCUCGGGAGACCGGAGACCGCGGCGGCUCGGGAGACCGGAGACCGCGGCGGCUCGGGAGACCGGGGACCACGGCGGCUCGGAAGACCGGGGACCGCCGCGGCUCGGAAGACCGGGGACCGCCGCGGCUCGGGAAACUGGGGACCGCGGCGGCUCGGGAGACUGCGGUGUAGACCGAGACUGUGACAGGUCGGACGCCGGGGGAUCUCCGUCGGCUGCGGGCUGACACUGAGCGGUGUCAGCGCGGCUCACUGUUGCCGGCGCCAGCUGUUGUCGACCAAGCAGUGAUGGCAAGUGGUUGAUAAGCGGCAUGUGGCUUACCAGCGGAAUCGUGCUGUGAUCACCUGCCCCAACCAGGUCGCGCCGUGAUUCCAGGAAAUAAUUUGCGGGGGCGUCCUAUGGAUGCCCACGGCUGGUAUUCCAGUGAGGCUAACGUGUCGCGUUUACUGGACAUGAAUAAAAUCGAGGCAUUAAACGCUCACGAUACAUUGUUUCAACACAUGGAUGCCGUAUCUACAGUAAAUACACAUAUUCGUGGGGGCUUCGCGA